AUGGAUGGACUGGGAAAUCCCAGUACUUUUUUCAACGACCCGCAGACGGGAGCAGCGCUGCUGCAGGGCCACACACUCAGGCGGUCGAUGGACGCUGCCAGCCUCGCGGCCGCCGCGUCCCAGGAUGACCGGCCCGCCGAUCCGGCACUGCUCAAGAUGAUGCUCAAGAACAAGUGCUUUGACGCGCGCGGCCAGGCCAGCCGCGACAACAUACGCGCCGCCUGGGCGGGCCAGCAGCUGCAGAGUAUGGAGGGUAUCUGGGACCCUUCGCAGAUGGGCCUGGAUGCUGAUGACCACGACAGGGAUGUUCCUCUCUCUGGCACUGCCAGCCCUAACCCCCUGAUGAUGCACGGCAUGCAGGCGCUUGGCAGCUCUCCUCAGCUGGAGGCCGUCAUUGGUAGCUGGCCCAACACAAGCGGCCGCAACCCCGCAGCUCUGGACGCCGAGCUGCCCAAUUUCCAGGGCAAGCCCGUCCACACCGGCAGCAACCUGGCCACAAUGGCUCAGGGCAUGAGCCGCAACGGGUCCUUCACUAAUGGCGGGCCUGGCGCUGGUGCGGCCGCUGUUGCCGCCGCAGCGGUUGGCGCAAGCGGCGGCGUCAUGAGCCGUGAGGGCAGCUUCAGCGCCGACUCAUUCUUCAACGCUGGCAACAGCGCUCCCAUCACGCCGCGUAGCCCAAUGACGCCCAUGUUUGACCUGAGCACGGGCGCUGGCUCGGCAGGUUCCCAGCUGGACGCUGUGUCAUCGGGCUAUGGCAAGGAUGGCCCAGGCAUGCAGCGCGGCGGCGGCACCUAUGGGCUGCAAUCCGAGCCUCGGCAGCACAAGCCGUCAAAGCUACGCAUCAGCAGCUCUGAGUACGACGUCGGGACCAACAACAGCGACUACAAUGUUGCCGCCAAUGCUGGCACGACGGUGCACCAGGCCGCCAUGGCGGCGGCUGUCCAGCAGGCGGCUGCGGCGGUUGUGGCGGCGUCAGGCCUCGAGGGCUUCCACCAGCAGCGCAGUAUGGGGACCUCCACGCCGACGCUCGGCUCUGGCAGCGGCAGCCCCGAGCCUGGAUGCCUCCCAGCGGCAGUCGCACAUGAGGCGCGCCUGCAGAUGCAGCAAGCAGCGCUGCAGCAGCAGCAACAGCAACAGCAAAUUCAGCAGGCGGCGCUCCAGCACGCCGCAAUGCAGCAGGUGGCAUCGGUAGCGCUUGCCAGCCAGCCCGGGACGCCGGGCGGGACGUCCUUCAGUGCCGCGCAACCAUUUGUGACGAGCCAGCAGCAGCAGGCAGCGGCCGCGGCGGCUGCUGCGGCUGCAGCCCAUUCACAGGCAGCCGUGGCUGCAAUGAAUCCCCAUGCGCAGCAGGGCCCCAGCAUCGUGGCCCAGCAGGCGGCGAUGGCCGCUGCCGUUGCCCAGAUGCCAGGGCACGGGGUGGGGGGCGCUGCCGCGCUGCAGCCCAUAAUGCAGGCCCAGCAGCACGCGGCACAGCAGAUGCAGCAGCAGCAGCAGCAGCAGAUGCACCAGCAGCAGCAGCAGCAGCAGCAGAUGCAGCAAAUGCAGCAGGCGUUCAUGAUGACCAUGGCAGCGGCGCAGCAGGCAUCUCAGCCACAGGCCGGGAUGCAGGGCUCGUGGCCGUUCCCAAUGGCUCCUGGCACCUUCCCUGGCUGGCAAGGCGGCGGCAUGCCCGGCUUCAACAUGCCAGGCAUGCAGGGCGACUGCUCAGGCCUCAAUGGCUGCUUCCCGCAGCAGGGCAUGCCCGGCUUUGGCUUCCCGCCCAUGGGGCCCGAGUGCUACUCCGCCAUGUGGCAGGGCAUCUGGCAGCAAAUGCAGGCCUGCAUGGGCAUGAACAUGAACAUGGGUAUGAACAUGAACGCGCCCAUGAACGCCAUGGUGGCGGCUGCGGCCACAGCCGCAGCGGCUGCUGCCGCCGCCGCGACAGCCUCGAGCACAGAGGAGAAGGACGCCAGCGCGGCGCGCGGCCGCGACGGCAGCGCAGGGUCUUUGGACAGGAGCCGUGCCGACCGCAGUGCGCGCGGCCGCGACCGCGACCGCACGCCUGGUGGGCGGGGCGGGCGCAGCGACGACACCGCGCGCAGCGUCAACCCUCUGUUGGAGGAGUUCAAGAACAGCAAAGCCAGGAGGAUCGACAUGAAGGAGGUGCUGGGCAACAUGCUGGACUUCAGCCUGGACCAGCAUGGCAGCCGCUUCAUCCAGCUCAAGCUCGACACGCUCAGCCCUGAGGACCUGGCGGCGGCAUUCAGGGAGCUGGCCCCCAAGGCCAUGGUGCUGAUGAACGACGUGUUUGGCAACUAUGUGAUCCAGAAGGUGCUGGAGCUGGGGCCGGACGACCACCGGCUGGAGCUGGCGCAGCAGAUGAAGGGCCAGGUGCUCAACCUGUCGCUGCAGAUGUACAGCUGCCGCGUGGUGCAGCGCGCUCUUGAGGCGCUGCCGAUGGAGCGCCGCAUCGCGCUGGUGCGGGAGCUGCAGGACCACGCCAUGCGCUGCGUGCGCGACCAGAAUGGCAACCACGUCAUCCAGAAGUGCAUCGAGUGCGUGCCCUCUGAGCACCUGGCCACCAUGCUGGACACCUUCAACGGCCAGAUCGUGUCCCUCAGCAUGCAUUCGUUCGGCUGCCGCGUGGUGCAGCGCAUCCUGGAGCACUGCGGGGGGACGCCGCGCUACGACUCGGUCAUGGGGGAGGUGCAGCUGGCAAUCGUGCAGCUGGCGCAGGACCAGUACGGCAACUACGUGAUCCAGCACAUCCUGGAGUUCGGCCGCCCCUGCGAGCGGGACCGCGUCAUCGACGCCCUCGCGCCCCACAUCGUGACGCUCGGCCAGAACAAGUUUGCGUCCAACGUGGUUGAGAAGUGCCUGCUGCACGGCAAGCCAGAGCAGCGCGAGGCGCUGGUUGAGGCCAUCCUCGCGCAGCCGCCCCCGCGCGCCGGCGACGCGGGGGCGGGCGCGCUGGCGGACUCGCCGCUGCACCAGAUGAUGCGCGACCAGUUUGGAAACUACGUGGUGCAGAAGCUGCUCGAGGUGUGCAACGAGGACCAGCGCGAGCGGCUGCUGGAGCAGCUGCGCGUGCAGCUGCCGUACCUCAAGCGGCUGACGUACGGCAAGCACAUCGUCACACGUGUGGAGAAGCUACUCUGCAGCGGCGCCCGCAUCAGCACCGGCGCGCUGGCCGCAGCCGCCGCGGCCGCCGCCUCUGCCUCCCCGGCCCCAGCCCCUCGGGCGCCCGCGGCGGCGCUUGGCGGCGGCGCUGCAGAGGCUGACGUCGAGGCGCAGGCAGGGUUGGACGCCGGGGGCGUCAGCCCGGGGGCGGUGGUGGAUGAGCUGUCUGCGGGCGUUUCUGGGCUGGACGUCGGCCACUCGCUCAACACCGAGGCACUGGUGGCCGCCGCCGCUGCUGCCAACGCGGCGGACGAGCGCCAGGGGCAGCCGGCUGCGGGGGCCGGGUUUGCCAGCGCCUGA